AUGAAGGUACAGGUGGAGUGGGUCAUAGAAAAUGAACUGUUUCAGCUGAUGUCUCUGAACACCAGACAUCUAGCAUAUAUUAUCUCUCGUUGAGUAGUUGGAUUGCAACAGAGCUCAAGAGUAGCUGGUCGCAUGCAGACCAUCAGGCUGUGCGGUGUUAACCGGGGACUAAUUUUCAGUCCUCCACUUGGGUCUGAGUAAACAGCACCGCCCCGAUGGUUGUUUGUUUUAAGUGUGGAACGAUCUAUCGCAGAGCGCCGGGCUCGAUUGACACUGUCUGCUGAUCUGCUACUGCGGAUUGCUCAGAAUAACAAGGCUGCUCGCUAAUUCCCGUCUAUCGGGGCUUUCGCCGAAACACCGAGAGAGUAGGGUCCAAAAAAAGCCAACAAGGCAGGCAAGAACGCCGCGCCGCCGGAGUCCGCACCCCAGAAUGGCUUCAGGAGACCUUUACGAGGUAGAGCGGAUUGUGGACAAGAGGAGGAACAAGAAGGGUAAGUGGGAGUACCUGAUAAGGUGGAAGGGUUAUGGAAGUAAGGAGGACACUUGGGAACCAGAGCACCACCUUCUGCACUGCGAGGAAUUUAUUGACCAGUUCAACUUGAGACUGCACUCACACAAACGGCCCAAAGUUUCAAAGAGUCACCAAGUGCCCCUCGUCACCCACCAUCCAUCUGCUGCUGAAAUCUCCAGAGCUCGAUCUGAGGCCCGGAAGAAGAAAAGGACUUGUGGCCCAGGUGUUGGGGUUAGAGAAGGAGCUGUUCUAGGGAUUGGAAGUGGAGGUUCCCGACCCACUCAGAAGCAGAGGAAGGUGGGUGCAGAACCUGGGAAACAUGCUUCAGGAAUUAGCAAAGCCAUGACUUAUAAGGGUCCUCCACCAGGAGGGGCUCACUUUACUCCUCCAGUGAGGGUUCCUCAUAAUGGACUCCAAAAUGGAGAGCUGGAGCCUCUUGUGUACAGGACAGCAGCAAGGUCACACAGACUGCCUUUGGACAGAGUGGACGGGGAACUCGGAGACAUGGAGACCACUGAGCAGCAGUUCACCACUGAGCUAGGCUCCCCUCUGGCCAAUGGCAAGAUGCAUCUACACAGCUCAAUAAAGCGGAAGUUGGCUGAGGAGAAAGGCUACGUGUUCGACAAGCGGCUCAGGUACAAUGUGCGACAGAAUGAGAGCAACUGUCGAUUUCGAGACAUUGUGGUCAGGAAGGAGGAAGGUUUCACGCAUGUCCUGCUCUCCAGCCAAACGACAGAUAAUAACGCUUUGACACCAGAGAUCAUGAAGGAAGUGUGUCGAGCGCUGGGUAAUGCAGCUGCUGAUGACAGCAAAUUAUUAUUGCUCAGCUCCGUUGGGACUGUUUUCUGCAGUGGUCUGGAGCCAUCGUACCUGAUAGGGCGUCUGUCCACUGACCGCAGAAAAGAGAGCAGCCGCAUCGCAGAUGCCGUACGGGACUUUGUGUUGGCAUUCAUCCACUUCAAGAAACCAAUCGUGGUGGCAAUAAAUGGGCCAGCUCUGGGCUUAGGGGCCUCCAUCCUGCCCCUGUGUGAUGUGGUGUGGGCCAGUGAGAGGGCCUGGUUCCAAACUCCAUGUGCAGCCCUCCACCUCACCCCCUCUGGAUGCUCCUCUUACACCUUCCCCCAGAUCCUAGGUGUAGCUCUGGCCAAUGAGAUGCUGUUCUGUGGAAGAAAACUCACAGCACAAGAAGCGUGCAGUCGAGGUCUGGUGUCACAGGUCUUCUGGCCAACCACAUUUAACCAGGAAGUAAUGCUGCGUGUGAAGGAAAUGGCAUCGUGCAAUGCAGUGGUUUUAGAAGAAUCCAAAUGCCUGGUGAGGAGUAUUAUCCUGUCAGUCCUGGAAGAAGUCAAUGACAAAGAAUGUCAGAUGCUCAAGCAGCUGUGGUGUUCAACCAAAGGACUUGAGGCACUUUUCAGUUACCUGCACAACAAGUCAUAUGAGAAAUGAUCAAAGGUUAUCUACAGAAGGACAUCCCAAAUGAAGUAAAAGUUGUAAAAGUUGGGUCCUACGCUUCCAUCCAUCAGCAGACGGGCUUCUCGGAUUUCUGCUCCAUGUCUACCAACAGCUCAGUCUUUUGUUAAGUGGCUAUUUUUUUCCUUUGGACCCAUCACUGUCCAGAUGUUUAUUCUCUAUAAGUCAAAUGUGCAUUGCUAAAGAAAACAAAACAAAACAAAA